CCUCUAACUUAUGAGCUAUUCUUCAACCAAACAGAUCAUAGUGUCGAUAGGACUGCACCGGAUACUUCGGCGGGUUUAUUGACGCGAACGUUGGGUAAUGUGGUUCGCCUCCUGCCCGCCGUGCGCUCUGGCCGUCGCCAACAGGGAUGUGUCGGCGGAACCAAAUGUCAGUUUUUCGCAUUCUGUUGGGUUUCGGGCGGUUCGUUGGGUGCCUCGUGUGGUCCACUUCAUACAUGUUGUGUUACUCCCAGUAGUCAAGACAUUCAGCCUCAGUAUUGGGGACCAGUCGUCAACGACCCACAGUGCGGAAAGAGUGCGGCGAGAAUCAGUCGAAUCGUUGGAGGAAACGACGCCUCAUUUGGACAGUUCCCGUGGCAGGCCUUUGUUCAGGUCGGGGGCAGUCGAUGUGGCGGAGCGCUUGUCGGACCGGCGCAUGUGGUGACUGCGGGACACUGUGUGGCCAGAUCACAGCACAACCCAAACAGCAUUCGUGUCACUCUUGGAGAUUAUAUCCUUCAUUCAGAGAUCGAGUCCUUACCUCAUGAGGUGUUCACUGUAUCCGAAGUGAGACUUCACCCAAACUUUCGUUUUACACCACAAGCAGAUCGUUAUGAUGUGGCAGUCCUUGUACUCGACCGACCCGUCCAUUACAAGGACAACAUCAGACCUAUUUGUUUGCCCCAAAAAGAUGUCGGCUUUUUAGGUAGAAUGGCUUAUGUGGCCGGUUGGGGGGCCCUCCAGGCAGGUACGCAUAAAUACCCGUUUACCAGUUUGCAGUUACCCAAAUACCCAAAUACCCGAUUCCCUCGAUUCCCUAUUUUGCUUUAUGACACAACAAAAAGUAUAUCAGAAUCUCAAUGUAAUUCUAAACUAAAAAAUGGAAAAAUGGGUUUAAUAAAAUGUGAUUGUCAUUUGAAUGUACCAGGGUCAAAACUGCGGCCAAAAGUGCUGCAACACGUUCCGGUGCCCGUCAUUGAGAAUGAGAUAUGCGAGGGUUGGCACCGACAGAGAGGCAUCAAUAUUAGGAUAUACGACGAGAUGAUGUGCGCCGGCUAUGAGUUCGGGGGUCGAGACGCCUGUCAGGGCGAUUCCGGCGGACCCCUAAUGUUGAAUGACUUUGGCGUUUGGUAUCUCGUGGGUAUAGUAUCGGCUGGUUAUUCAUGUGCCAAACAAUACCAACCGGGUAUUUAUCAUCGAGUGAGCAGUUCUUCAGACUGGAUAUCAGCCAACGUUUACCGAAACAAU